GAUAGAAAGUAUUAUCCCGUUCAGGCUGUGUUUGUAGUUUUUUUAAGGAGAAGAGGAAAUCAAAGAGGACACCUCAGGUGUGGAAACAGGGAGAUUUCACGAAGGAGGGAACUGCGGUGUUUGUUUAUUACCGCGCGGUUCGCAAGAAGAGAAAAGUUUUCUCGGGACGCGAAGUUGUCAAGUGAGUUGAACUUCAACAAUAGGCGGACUCGAUCACAAGACAGUCGAGAGAUAAAGAGUCACAGGACGAAUGUAAACAGGCGACUUUGGACACUUUUAUUUCAUGAAAAAGGGCGACAAAAACUUUAUGUCCAAGAAAAUGGAAGCGACCUUCUACGAGGAAGCCGUGAACGCCUCAAACUCCCAGCAUGACGGGACGGUCGCGGUGUACGGCUUCAACCCCAAAACCCUCAAACAGAGCAUGACUCUAAAUCUGAACGACCCGAAGAACUUCAAGCCCCAGCUGAGCGCCAAGGCCCUGGACAUCCUCACGUCCCCUGAUGUGGGACUGCUGAAGCUGGCCUCGCCGGAGCUGGAGAGACUCAUCAUCCAGUCUUGUACGGGACUCACGACCCCCACCCCGACCCAGUUCGUCUGUCCCAAGAACAUCACGGACGAGCAGGAAGGGUUCGCGGAAGGGUUCGUAAGGGCUCUGGCUGAGCUCCACUACCACCAGCAGCCCCCCCCAGCCGUGCACCCUGACGCGCAGCCCGGCGCGACCAGCAGCAGCAGCAGCAGCAGCAGCAUGGCAUCCGGCUCUGCUGCGUCGGAGAGCGGCGGGAUUCCCUACAGCUGCACGGUGCGCUCGGACCCGCCCGAGUAUACAAACUUGGGCACUUACAGCCGGGCGGUAGGCUCUGCGUCUGCACCUGCCAGCGAGAGGCACCCACCCAUCAGCUACCCAUCCGCCCCGCAGCCGUCCCACAGCCACAUGGACCACCAGCGGCUCCACGCGCUCAAAGAGGAGCCGCAGACAGUCCCCGAGAUGUCCGGAGAUACCCCACCAUUGUCCCCCAUCGACAUGGAGAACCAGGAGCGCAUCAAAGCGGAGAGGAAGCGCAUGAGGAACAGGGUGGCCGCGUCCAAAUGCCGGAAAAGGAAACUGGAGAGGAUCUCCCGGCUGGAGGACAGGGUCAAAAACCUGAAGAACCAAAACACUGAGUUAGUUUCCUCCGCCAACGUGCUGCGGGACGAGCUGGCUCUGCUCAAGCAAAAGGUCAUGGACCACGUUAACAGCGGCUGCCAGCUCAUUUUGACGCAGCAGCUUCAAGCUUUCUAGACUGAAAGGGAGGGGGGGGGGGGGAACAAGGGACGUUUCUUUGGGGACCAAAUGCAGCUGAAAGUGGGGCCCGUUCAGCCAUAUCAUUUCAAUUUUUUUUUUCCACAAUAUUAUCCACCAAGACUGUGUCCACUAAGCUUAUAAAAUGCCACGAUGGAGUGACUGAGACUCAUUGGUCAAUAUAAAGGACAUUCACCACCGAACUUCAGAAAAAGGGACGCUCACAGGGAACAUCUGCUCCCUCUAGUGUGGCAUUUGGGACAUCUCUGGCAUUUUCGACUCUUUUUUUUUUUUUCUUCUCUUCGUAUAAAACUAAGAGGUCAAAUUUGUAUUAAGUCAAAAAAAAAAAUCAUUUGCAAUCUCUCACAAUUUAAAGUCGUUUAAAUGUAUUACAUUUGGUGCAGUCCUUUUUAGACAGUCAGUUGAUGGGAUCAAAUUGCAUCGGGCAGAAACUGUGAAGGAGGCCCUCUAUUUCAAGCUGCAUAUAGACUUGAGUCGAGCACUGAGUCCCACCAGCGACUUUACAGUUUGUACAGAGUAACACUAACAAUGUAAAAAAACAAAAACAAAAAAAAACCAUGUUUAACACCUUAAAGCAAAGACUCUUUCAGGUGUGUGUAGCGUUUACUGAAAAAAAAAACAACCCUGCCUUAUUUUCUUAACUCCUUUGUUCAUACGAGUUUAUGAUAACUCUGUUAGACCCGAAAUAACACUUUGUAAUAAUAUUUGUACGCUGUAUUUUGAGCACUUCAGAACUGUAAAUAUGACGAAAUAAAAUGUUGGACACGCAGUUAUGUGUGUGUACUUUUCUAAAUA